CUAAGUCCACGCGGUCGACUGUCAACGUUUUCUUUUUUCUUGUCUUUUUUUUGGUGACGGCUUUUUAUCGAACCGCGGAGCUUUUAUUUGUGGAUAAACUCACACGGGUCGGUGUGUGAACUGUUGGAGGCACGCGCGUGCAGGCUGUCCCGGGACAGACGCGCACAUCUGGAGCAACAACACAAGUGUGGCACCGCGACCCGCAGACGCGACACCCGGACGAGUGUUGUCACCAUGCCCGUACGACAGAAAGAUGCUCAGCGAGCCCUGGAGCUGCUCCAGCAGUAUCGGGCCAAACUGGACCAGAGACAGCAGAACCCGAGCCGGAGCGCCCCGGGCCAGGUGGAGGAAGACUCCCAGCUGCAGCGGUCUCUGGACCGGGUCAUCAACGUCUUCCAGAGCCAGCUCUUCAGCGCUCUGCUCGACAUCCAGGAGUACUACGAGUUGACCCUCCAGGCAGAGGGCGAGUGUUCUGGGGACCAGCCGGGCGGCUCGUGGCCUCUCACUGAGUCCAGUGACCUGCUCCCAGAGCUCCCAGAGCUCCCAGAGCUCCCAGUCCAGCCACGGCCCCCCGAGGCUUCUGCAGGAUCACCCCAGCCCAAACCUCCGACCCCCAAACGCAGGUCCAUCAAGUCCCACGCCGCUCCGCUCCCCUCCGAGAGAACCGCGUCGAAGCCGUCUUCCCCCGCCAGCCAGCCCGUCACGCCUCAGUCGCAGCCGAGCAAGAGCAAGUAUCGCGCUCCUCCCGCUCCCGUCCAAUCAGGAGCCUCGAAAUCAGACACUCCCGUGCUUUCUUCUUCUUCUUCUUCUCCUCUCCCGAAUGCUACAUCCCCCGGGGUCACAGUGAAUGGUGUGGGAACCCCCACCGGGUCCAUGACGACACCUCUCGGAGCAUCGCUGAAUGGAACAAAGCCACACCUCAGCGCCAGCGACUCCAACGCGUCUUCGGAGAUCUCCGUCGGCUCCGCCUCUCCCGACCUCCACCUGCUGACCGUCUCGGCCCUCGUCUCCACCACCAUCCAAGGCUCCGUGUUUCCGGGCGCGCCGGUCAAUCGUGGCGCCGACACCUCGAGUCCAACCGGCCCCGACCCGGGGAAGUUCCCCUUCAGCAUCCCCGCGGGUCCUCCUCGUCUCGGUCUAACUAGGCCCAGGUCAGCAAAGGUCAACCCCUCCAGCCCGAGCCACGGUCCAGCUGGCCUCCGGCCGGCUACCGGCCCGCUGACCCCCACCAAGGCCAACCCCCCUCCAGUGGUCGUCAACGCCGACAGCGUCGACACGCCCCCUUACGCCAAUGGAACAGAAGCGGACUAUGAAUAUGAGGAAAUCACGCUGGAGCGGGGUAACUCAGGUCUGGGGUUCAGUAUCGCAGGAGGGACCGAUAACCCUCACAUCGGAGAAGACCCCUCUAUCUUCAUCACCAAGAUCAUACCUGGAGGGGCCGCUGCCCAGAAUGGACGACUCAGGGUGAACGACUGCAUCGUGCGGGUGAAUGAUACGGACGUCAGGGACGUGACCCACAGCGGCGCCGUUGAGGCGCUGAAGGAGGCCGGAGGUCUGGUCCGACUGUUUAUACGACGCAGGAAGAGCCUCACGGAGAGAAUCCUGGAUAUCAAGCUAGUCAAAGGGCCCAAAGGUUUAGGAUUCAGUAUAGCAGGUGGACUUGGAAACCAACACGUCCCGGGCGACAACGGCAUCUACGUGACAAAGGUCAUCGAGGGAGGGGCUGCACACAAAGAUGGACGGCUGCAGAUAGGGGACAAACUUAUGGCCGUGAACGCUUCCUGUUUGGACGAGGUGACUCACGAAGACGCCGUGGCCGCCCUGAAGUCCACCCCCGACGUGGUUUACCUGCGCGUGGCCAAGCACACCUCGCUUUUCAUCAACGACAACUUCCCUCCGCCCGACGUCACAAAUUCGUACUCCCCACAUCAGGACAAACACAUAAGCCCUUACAUGAGCGGCAGCCAGUCGGUAAGCCCCGCCCCUUUGACCACGCCCAGAUACUCACCUCUGCCCAGGGCCAUGACGGGAGACGACGACGUCCCCAGGGAACCCAGGCGGGUGGUGCUGCAGCGGGGCUCCACGGGUCUUGGCUUCAACAUUGUCGGAGGGGAAGACGGAGAGGGGAUCUUCAUCUCCUUCAUCCUCGCCGGAGGUCCGGCGGAUCUCUGUGGCGAGCUACAGAAGGGAGACCGCAUCCUGUCGGUGAACGGCGUGGACCUGUCCAGUGCGACACAUGAGCAGGCAGCGGCGGCUCUGAAGAACGCAGGACAGGCCGUAACCAUAGUAGCGCAGUACAGACCGGAGGAGUAUAGUCGUUUCGAGGCGAAGAUCCAUGACCUGAGGGAACAGAUGAUGACCAGCAGUGUCAGCUCCAGCUCCACGUCGCUCCGCUCCUCUCAGAAACGCACACUAUACGUCAGAGCGUUGUUCGACUACGACGGGAGCGCGUCCGACCUGAGCUCGGCCAAUCAGGCCCUGCCGUUCCAUUUCGGGGAUGUCCUCCACGUGAGCAGCGCUGGCGAGGAGGAGUGGUGGCCCGCCCGGCACCUCAGCCCCCCCCCUCCCAACUGCCCCGAAGUCGGAGUCAUUCCCAGCCGCAGGAGGGCCGAGAAGAAGGAGAGGUCUCGGUUAAAGACGGUCAGGGUGCCGAGGUCUCAAGACAGAUCGGAUCAAGAAGAUAAAGAGCUGGUAACCUCUGGCACCAGCGAUAGUGAGAGUAGUUCCUAUGGCCAGGAGGAGAUCCUUCUCACGUACCAGCUUGUCAUGCAGCAUGAGGUUAAUUACACGCGGCCAGUCAUCGUGCUCGGGCCAAUGAAAGAUCGGAUCAACGAUGACCUCAUCUCCGAGUUCCCCGACAAGUUUGGCUCCUGCGUCCCACACACAACGCGGCCGCGGCGAGACUACGAGGUGGACGGCAGAGAUUACCACUUCAUGUCCUCCAGGGAGCUCAUGGAGCAAGAGAUCCAGGAGCACAAGUUCAUCGAGGCCGGGCAGUACAACGGACACCUGUACGGGACCAGCAUCCAGUCGGUCAAAGAAGUCGCCGACAAGGGUAAACAUUGCAUACUGGAUGUGUCAGGAAAUGCGAUAAAGCGUCUCCAGUUGGCGAACCUUCAUCCCGUCGCUGUCUUCAUCAGACCGCGCAAUGCCGACAACAUACUAGAGAUGAACAAGCGUCUCACUGAGGAGCAGGCGAGGAAGACCUUCGACAGAGCCGUCAAGCUGGAGCAGGAGUUCACAGAGUUCUUCAGCGCUAUUGUCCACGGCUCGACUCUAGAGGAAGUGUAUUCGCAGGUGAAGCAGAUAGUUGAGGAGCAGUCUGGUCCUUACAUCUGGAUUCCCACCAAGGAGGGACUUUGAAUAAACACACACACACACACACACUACAAAAUCAUAGACAUCACUCUUUCAACACUUCCUCUAAUUUUCUAUUAUCGGCCUGCUUCCUCUCUCCUCCUCCACCCUAUCUCUCUUUCUCGUAAACACACAUGACUGCACACACACACACACACACACACACACACAUCGAUGUACACAAGCACACAAAGUCAGACGAGGCUGGGACGAUCUGGGACUGCUACUUCCUGAAGUGGGAGGGGCUAAUGUCUGUCCAGCAGCCUAUUGGUGGAUCUUCCUACGGCUGUGUUCCUUAAUGUUUAAGGAGGAGGUUCAAAUCAAGGCCACAUGUACCAUUAUCUGAUUUGAGUUGAUUUAUUGUUCUUCUUCUUAUUGUUGUUGUUGUCGUUGUUGUUUUCAUAUUAACGAAGGGUAAUGCAUUCACGUGUGGGUUUGUAAUGAUAAUAUUGUCACCAAGAGGCAGACUUUUGCACGCUGUAGCUUUAAGAGCAUGUUUUUGGGACAAAAUGUUGAUCUUCUUCCCGGUCUGUCUGUCUUUCCUCAUGGCAUUGCUUCUGUUGAGUCCUUUUCUAUCUCUCUUUCAUGUCCCACCCUCGAGACAACAGACUGAAGGAACGAGUUUUAAACUUUAUAACGUGCCCCAGCAUUUUUGGUAUCAAGGCCCAGAAUGAAAUAGUAGUUUAGGCCUUAUUUCUCAAAAAAAUUUGACUGAUGUUAUUCUCUAAAAGUGUAUCUUAGGACACAUUUAUCAAGCGUCCUACACAUAUUUAGAGUAAAGUGGAGGAGUAACGUUUUAGAGCAAGUCAUCAGAUGAUUAAUUACACCAAGGAGUAAGAACAGCCAAUCAGUGUCGAGCAUUUACCGAAAACCCGCCCUGUUAAAUUGCACUCAAACGAUGUGUUAUUCUGCACAAAUUUGUCCUUUUUUACUGUUUAAAGUACAUUUUAUUCGUGUAAAAUCUUUAAUAUCUUCAGUAGAAACUAUUGUGAAAUUAAAAACGAUUUAAUAUAUUUAUAAUACAUUAAUAAAUACUGGUAAUAAUGCAAUCAAAAAGAGAACCAAACAGAUAAGUUUGUGCCACAUUGAUAAGCUGUAUGGAAAGUGACAGAUACGUUCUUGUUAUUUGCACCUUGUUAAACACGGACCAACUAAAACUUCCUUAUUCUAAAUUAAACAUAUUGCUUCAAGGUAUCGCUCAUCUUACCCAAUAAUAUGUUGUUAAAUCCCUCUAAAAACACAUUUAGGAAGGUAAAAGGGAAAAAUUAAAAAUACAACAUUUUACUUUGAGCAGUUUGACAAAUGCAGGCCCAGAUAUUCUGUUUUAAAAAAACAACAUGUAUCAUCCAUGUCUCCUUCAACCAAGGGCUUCUCAGCCUCCCCUCCUCCUCCUCCUCCUCCUCGCUGUCUCACACCUUAAUCUCUCUCCUCCCGCACCUUCACCGUGUGACAUUAGUCGAGCGCUCCAGCAUCAAACGGUGCGUCACCUUCUUCAUCGACACCACGUUCAUAAUCAUCAGCACCAUCGCCAUCGCCAUCGCCAUCGUUCGAUAGCUUUCCUCCACACUGCUGCUCUGAUGAAGGGCUGGUUUCUCAAAGCAUCUUGACAGAGUUGACCCCGCCCCCGUGUUUCAGGUAUCUGGAUGUGUUACAGACAUUCACUUUUUCUUUCUUUCAGCUGUCAGUGAUUAUUAUGGUGGUUUUGAAAGAGCUAACGAGGUCAGGGAACUCUUUAUGCUCAUUGGUUGUGUAGUUAAAGACAUCAGGUAAAACUCUGGUAAACGCUGCUACCACGACCCACUGAUCAACUGGUUUGGCGUAUUUAUUUUUUCGACAUAUUUUUCCUCAAGCUGGAUUUAUGAGUUUCGGGCCUUCAGUUCCGGUGUGCAUGAAGAACGCCCGACACUCGCUCCGCCUGUGACCUUCGUGCUCCGUACGUCUCUAUAACUCUACGACACAGGCACGUGGCGGACAAUCAACGCGUUAUCGUCUUACCUGUCGUCCUGCGAGGGUUGUGUCAUCAAAGGUGUUUUCAUGAUCACAUGACGCUUCUUUAUUAUAAAUCAUCCGUUUCCCCGCUUUACAGGCCCUAAUGUGACUUUAUAUUACGAAGCAGCCUGCUGACGCCGGGUAGCCGGGUCAGUCACAUGACCCCCGCUUUGCAAAUCAAACCUCGUGACAUAAACGCUGAUGGACAUUCGGCAGGGUCAGCUGUGGGGAAAAAAUAUAAUUUAAUGUCAAUUCAGCAAUAAAGAAAAGUAGGGAGUGUUGAAAUAAAAUAAAAUAAACUAUUUUAAUGUGAGCAAACUUUUAUCUUUAUCUUAUCUUUAGCUUUCUGAGUGUUCUGUGACAAAAACACCUUUGGAAAUGCAAACUUCUGCAACAGGUGAGACGAUUACGAUUUGGCUUUUUUCCCCUUAAAGCGACUAUAAUCGAUAUUUUUUUAUAAAAGCGAUGUAUCAAAUGACAAUGUGAAAAACAGUGUGAUAAUGUGAACAGAUAACUAUCAGCUCCCUUUCUGCUCUUAUGGAACUUUACAGUGAGUUUCAUUUCGUUGUGUAAUCCAUCCGGUCCACAACGUCACUUGUUUUUAAGUUCACCCUCAACCGCUCUCAUGGCGUCAUUUUUUUUAGAAGCUGCGAUCAGCCGUUUUCAGUGAGAAAAUACAUAUGAAAGACAGAUAAAGAUAUAGAGACGAUAGCUGGUGGAGCAUUUAGCAGUUUAAGGAGACAGAUAUUUCCCUCGGGAGGCGGUGGAGACCAAAACCAGAGCUAAAAGAUGAACGGCGUUUACCUGAAACAUGACGAUGACCUCUAUUGACGUAACAUUUGGAAUAUCAAGAUGCUUUUGGUCACGAAGCUCCUGCGGAACUUGUCAGUUUCCCACUUCCCAUCUCCACCCUCAACCCCCCCCCCCCCACCCCACCCCCCCAGGGCGACUCCUCCAAGCUGACUGGAGACCCAGAGACGUACAGACGGGCCGUUCUGGCAACAGGAGUAGCUCUUAGAUCCGAGUCAUAAAUAUUUUAGACCACGUGUGUUUUCCAAAAAGCUUUAAUAUAUCCUCACAGAAUGUGCGGCUGAAUUACUUCUCUCCGACUGUAACUGCUCGAUGAAUCCAGUGAAUCAGUGUUGACAGAACUGGACUCGCCGUGUGACUCUGGCUGUGUGUUGUAGACCAUAUGCCACCGUCUGAUAGAGUAAAGCACCGAUGCAAAGAAUAUAUAUAUAUAUAUUAAAGAGAUGGAUCUAUAUCUAAUAUUAUAAUAUGUAUCCCUGCUCUAACUGCCUAUUUUGGUACAAACCAAAUAAAAGUCUUUAUCGAGA